AUGUCAUUCGAAUCAGUUGGACAAAACAAAUCAUUAAGUGAAAAUGUAACAAAAGAAACUUCAACUUCACCGCUUCAAGAUACUAUUACACCAAUAAAGGAUUUUCAAGACAUUUUAGAAUCUCCUGAAAAUGAAAAAGCAUUUAGUUUAAGUGAUUCAGGUGGUGAUGUAUCCAAUUUAUAUCAUUUAAAUAAUGGUGGUAUUUUUAAUUUAAGCGAAUCUAGUGGUGUUAUAUCAAGUUCAAGUAAUACCGCCGGUAUUGAUAUAGGGACAAACGGAAAGAGCCCUGCUCCACCCUUAUCACCUCAUGAAUUAAGGUUAGUCAAUACUAUAUAUGUUUCCUUAAUAUUAUCUUGA